AUGAGGCCGGCAGUGGCGCCUGUGGUGUGGGCAGAAGCAGUGCAGGUGUUUCGGGCGGCAGGGAUGCUAUUACUGCGGGCUGCAGUGGUGUUGCUGGUGUGGCCGCCAGAACUGCCAUUGGCGUGGGGUACAGUGGUGUGGGGUACAGUGGUGUGGGGUACAGUGGCGUGGGGUACAGUGGCGUGGGGUACAGUGGCGUGGGGUACAGUGGCGUGGGGUACAGUGGCGUGGGGUACAGUGGCGUGGGGUACAGUGGCGUGGGGUACAGUGGCGUGGGGUACAGUGGCGUGGGGUACAGUGGCGUGGGGUACAGUGGCGUGGGGUACAGUGGCGCGCGCGUUAGUGGCGGUGGCACUGGCAGCAAUGGUGCUGGUAUUACGGACAGCAGUGCCUCUAGUGGCGCGAGUGGCAGUGGUGCCACUGUACCCCACGCCACUGCAGUGGGUCGCAGUGAUUUGGGAGGAGAAUGCAGCAGUGCUGCCGGUGGUGUGGGUUUGGGCUGUAGCACAGGACCUCCACACCCUAUCCAAGCCCUUUUCAUGUCAUCUCCGUUGCCUUCCCUUCUCCCUGCCAACCCUCUCACUCCUCCCUGCCAACCCUCUCACUCCUCCCUGCCAACCCUCUCACUCCUCCCUGCCAACCCUCUCACUCCUCCCUGCCAACCCUCUCACUCCUCCCUGCCAACCCUCUCACUCCUCCCUGCCAACCCUCUCACUCCUCCCUGCCAACCCUCUCACUCCUCCCUGCCAACCCUCUCACUCCUCCCUGCCAACCCUCUCACUCCUCCCUGCCAACCCUCUCACUCCCCCCUGCCAACCCUCUCUCUCCUCUCUGCCCUUCGCCUAUUUUUUGCCAAAGUCUGGAACCUCUCUGCUAACCUUCCCCCCUCUUGCUGCCAAUCCUCCCCAGUCUCUUUUGCCUACCUUCCCCCCUCUUUUUGCCAACCUUCCCCUCUGCCAUCCUUCCCCCCUCUCUGUGCCAACCUUCCCCCCUCUCUGUGCCAACCUUCCCCCAUCUCUGUGCCAACCUUUCCCCCUCUCUCUGACAACCUUUCCCCUUCUCACUGCCAUCCUCUCCCCCAAACCUUUUGCCAGCCCCCCCCCCUUUCUCUGCCAACCCUCUCUCCCAUUCUCUGCCAUUCUCUCCCUUUCUCUGCCAACUAUAACCCCCCUCCCUGCCAACCUUCCUCUCCUCUCUCCCAACUCCCCUUCGUCCCCAACAGUCCGUCCAUUCACCCGCUCUUUUUGCCAACAUUCUCCCCCUCUCUGCCAACAUUUCCCCCUUCUUUUCCAACUUUAA